AUGGCGGAGAAGCCACCAGCAGGCCCAAAUGAUCUGGGCGAGCCCGUCUCCGUCGCGGCUCUCUCAAUUGCCGACAAAGCCACCGCACCCAAUGCCGCAGCAGAGCAGCAAAUAGAUCCCUGGUCCGUAUCUGCCGCAACAGACGAGCACGGCAAUAUUCUCGCUUUCGACUACGAGGCCAUCUCACGAAAAUGGAACACUAAGCUCAUCGACAACGCCCUCCUCCAGCGCUUCGAGUCACUAACAGGCCACAAACCGCACCGCUGGCUCCGACGCGGCCUCUUCUUCUCGCACCGCGACCUCGAAUCUAUCCUCGACGUCUACGAGCGAGGGGAGACCUUCUUCCUCUACACCGGCCGCGGUCCCUCCAGCAGCUCCAUGCACAUUGGCCACACGAUCCCCUUUGAGUUUACCAAGUGGCUGCAGGAUGUGUUCGACGUGCCGCUGGUCAUCAUGCUGACGGACGAUGAGAAGUUUCUGUUCAAGGAGGACCUGAAGCUGGAGGAGGUGAUCGGGUUCGCGAGGGAUAAUGCGAAGGAUAUCAUUGCCGUGGGGUUCGACGUCAAAAAGACGUUCAUAUACUCUGACCUCGAGUUUCUGGGGACGGCGGGAAAGCACAUGUUGCUCAACGCCUGGGAGUUCAGCAAAGGCAUCACAUUCAACCAAGUCCGGGGUGCAUUCGGCUUCGACGGAAGCACAAACACCGGCCGCAUCUUCUUCCCCAACCUCCAAUGCGUCGCCGCCUACGCAACCUCCUACCCCUUCAUCUGGGGUGACGACCCACUCUCCCCCGUGCGCUCCAAAAAGACCGCCGCAAUCCCCUGCCUGAUCCCCUGCGCCAUCGACCAAGACCCGUACUUCCGCCUCCUGCGCGACCACACCAAAUCCAUGUCCCACAAGAUCCCGCGGCCGGCGCUAAUCCACUCCAAGUUCCUGACCGCGCUGCAGGGCGCCGGGGGCAAGAUGUCCGCGAGCAAUCCGAACAGCGCGAUCUUCAUGAACGAUAGCGCGAAGGGGAUCAAGAACAAAAUCAACAAGCACGCCUUUUCCGGCGGACAGGAGACGCUAGAGCUGCAUAGAGAGAAGGGCGGGAAUCCGGACGUGGAUGUCGCGUAUCAGUAUCUGACCUACUUCUCCGACGACGACGAGAAGCUGGAGCGCCUGGCGAGGGAUUAUAGGAGCGGGGAGCUGCUGACGGGCGAUAUGAAGAAGGAGUGUAUUACCCUGCUGCAGGAGUAUGUAGGGUCGUUCCAAGAGAGGAGGAAAGCGGUCUCGGAGGAGGUGCUCAACGAAUUUAUGAGACCGAGGAGACUUGAGUGGGGUGGGAAUCCGAACCCCAAAAAGCCGCCGCCGAAGGAGGACGGGAAGGCGGGGAAGGAAGGUAAGAAAGAGAAGAAGGAGAAGGCGGAGGGUAAGAAGGAGCAGGCGAAGGGGGAAUGA